UAUAGGAAUACGCCCACGUAUGACAAGCAAGCGCUGCGGAACUUAACUAACAUUAGCAGCCACUCAAAAAGAAUCCAAACAAUUCAGCCAAUCACAAAGGCGCUGCAGUGAAAUCAAAUCAAACCACUAGUUCCGCAAGUACGUAAAAAAAAAUAACCCCGGACAUUCUUUCCAAGCGGCAGCUGAAGUAGAUCCGAUGUAACCGGAAGCGGAAGUGAUUGCUCAAGGGGAUGCCUUUGCACAAGUAUCCUCCUGCAUUAUGGGAUGUCUUAAAGCUGAAAGACGGUAUCUAUGCACGCCUGCCAGAGCAUUAUCGUCGUUCUUUGUUGGAAAAACACAAACCAUAUCCAGUGCACUGGAAACCACAUGGGCUUAAAUAUCGCCUGAAUCCCAAGUCAGGACAGAGGGAGCGUGUUCAAGAUGUACCCAUUCUACCAUACUUUCCUCCACAGGCAAACAAAGGACUGUGGGGAGGAGAAGGAUGGGUCACUGGUUACCACUAUGCAAAUAAUGAUAAGCUGUCUGCAAGAGUUAAAAAGGUCUGGAAGCCUCAGCUCUUUAAAAGGGAGUUAUACAGUGAGAUACUGGACAAGAAAUUUUCUAUCAUAGUUACCAUGAGAACGCUGGACCUUAUUGAUGCUGCAUAUGGCUUUGAUUUUUAUAUCCUAAAGACACCAAAGGAAGAUUUAAACUCAAAAGUUGGAAUGGAUUUUAAAAGGGCCAUGCUCAUGCGCCUUGCAUCAAAAGACUCAAAUCUUUAUCCCAACGAUCCAUCAAAAAGAGAUCAGAUUUAUAACAAAUAUAAGGAAUUUGUAAUUCCAAUGGAGGAAGCAGAAUGGGUGGGGUUGUCUUUAGAAGAAGCUGUAGAAAAGCAAAGACUUUUGGAAAAGAAGGACCCAACACCACUGUUUAAAGUGUACGUGGAAGAACUUGUUAAGCAGAUUGAAACUCAGACGCUAGCAGAACCAGCCAUUAUAGGGAAAAAACCCUAAGGAAUACUUUAUAUGCUCAUUAGAGAUAAUGUAUUGUCCAGAUCAUGGAUGUUCUCUGAAAUACCAUUAUGCCAAACACCACAGUCAACUAACUUCAAUGAUAAAAGAAAAGGAGCUCUCAGUAGCACUUUGAACUGAAACCUGCACUUGCAGUUUCACCUGCUUUGGAGUGCUCCCGGUGUUUUUAUCAUUCAUGUUGGUCACUACACAGAGGGUGGAACAUGGAGACGAGUGAUGCCCUUCUGCUGUCACAGGAGCAACUGGGAACAACCUGCCACCUUGUCUGGAGUCAAAUUAUCCACUGGACAGUUAUAAAACCAAAAUAUCGGCACUUACUGCUUUGCAAUUUUUUUUUUUUUGCUGCUUUAUGUUGAGCUACAGAAAGACCUAUUUGUUCAUUUACACAACCUUUUCUUCAUCAAAUUAAAUAAACAUGUUCUAUGUGUA